AUGAACGAAGAAUCACCAUCAUCUCCUGGACAAGGAGAUUCUGAGUCCCACCGCGAAUCGAACCCCACCAAACGACACGGCUGGCAGUUUUGGGCCAUUUUCCCGGGCUUGUGUCUUGCAUCCGUAUUGUGUGCACUUGAUUCCACAAUUUUAUCAACCGCUUUGCCUACAAUUACAGCCGAUUUGAAUUCGUCAUCAAGCUACGUUUGGAUUAUCAAUGCUUAUACAGUUACCUUUACUGCGAUACAGCCAUUUUACGGACAAUUUGCUGAUAUUUUUGGGCGAAAAAGUGCCACUAUAAUAGCAAUAUGUUUUUUCCUCCUGGGUAGCGGCAUUUGCGCCGGAGCAGGUCAUACUAGUAUGCUGAUUAGCGGACGAGCAGUUCAGGGGCUUGGGGGAGGUGGCUUAAGCAUCUUGCCAGCAAUGGUAGUUUGCGAUUUGGUUUCUUUGAGAGAGAGACAAAAAUAUACUGGUUUGAUCUAUGGAGCGUUUGCUAUUGGCACUUUCAUUGGGCCCGUAGUCGGAGGCUCAAUGGUCGAACACAUUGGAUGGAGAUGGAUUUUCUGGCUAAAUUUGCCCAUCGGAGGACUGGCCCUACUUUCAGUCAUCUUGUUCUUUCGAGUUUCCCACGUCCGUUCUGGGCCAACCAUGUCAAACCUAGGAAAGAUUGAUUACUUUGGAAACACCUUAUUGAUUGGAGCAAUUACCUCGAUUCUGAUUGCGUUGUCGGGUACCGAUGUGGAAAGACCAUGGGAAUCUUGGCAGAGAUUGGUGCCACUGUUAUUGGGUUUUAUGGCUCUACCCUUAUACAUGAUUUUUGAGAACUCGCCAUUCUGCAAGCAACCCACAACUCCCUUGCGACUAUUCUCUCACAGAACAUCGUCUUUAGCUUUUUUGCUCACAUUUCUUCAUGGAAUACUCUUAUACUGGGCCAGCUAUUUUCUUCCCGUUUACUUUCAAGCUGUCUUGAAAGAUUCCCCGCAGGAAUCGGGGAUCCAUACUCUUGCAGCAGCCAUACCAAUGGUUCCGUUUGGCAUUUUAGGCGGAUUUUGGAUUGCUAAAGUGGGACAUUAUAGACUCAAUCAAAUCCUAGGGUUUGCACUUGCUACUAUCGCCAUUGGAUGCUUCAGCAUUCUGAAUCAAAAUUCUUCUACAGCCCUUUGGGUGAUACUACAGAUAGUUUUCGCAGCCGGUGCUGGAAUUGUGCUUACAGCUACAUUACCUGCGAUACAAGCACCGCUCCCAGAAUCUGACGUCGCGACUGCGACUGCGACGUGGGGAUUUAUUCAAAGUUUGGGGUUCGUUUGUGGUGUCGCCAUACCUUCCAGUAUCUUCGAAGCUAAAUUUAGAAGUAUGAUUUACACCAUUGAUGACGAUAGUUUGAAGAAGAUGUUCAGAGCUGGAGGUGCUUAUGAGCAUGCUUCGAAGGCAUUUAUCACAUCUUUGUCAGAGGAGUUGCAAACGCAAGUUGUGAAACUAUUCGUGGUUAGUUUGAAGCUUGUGUGGGAGGUUGGAUUGGCAUUUGCUAUCUUUGGAUUACUCGCAUCUUUUUUUGUGCAAGAUAUUGAGCUGAGGAGUAAUCUGGAGACAGAUUUUGGAUACGGAGGAGAGACUGAAGCUACCAAAACUGAAAAGUCUCCAGCUGAUCUUCUGCAACUGUAA